AUGGAAGAAAGAGUAUUCUUUGAUGAGAUGAUAGAAGAGUCAGAUGAUACAGAGGAGGAAUUUCAAGGAAUGUAUCAAGAUGAAAUUGAGCAGGAAGCUGUGAAUUCUGAGGAUUUAGGGGAGCAAGAAUUUCAAGCAAUGUUUGAUGGGAACGAUUUUUCACAUGGGGUGGAUGAAUUAUAUCGAAUAGAAGAUAUUGAAAAUAUUGCCAUGGUUGAUUUUCUGAACAUAGGUGCUCAUGAGAUGGAAUGUUUUCAUUUUCCUAAUCUUCAGAUUGCAUUUGAUUUCUAUAACCAUUAUGCGAAAUCUGUUGGUUUUGGUGCUAGAAAAAGUAAGACUUGGAAAAAUAGCAAAGGAGAAUAUGUGAAGCAAUUGUUUGUGUGCUCUUGUGAGGGAUUUAGACCAGAGAAAUAUUAUAAUAUGGAAAACAGAAAAAGGGAGCCAAAAUCUGAGACUCGUUGUGGUUGCCUGGCUAGGUUUGUAGUUCAUUUUGUGGCUUACACUGGAAGAUGGCAUGUGGCUUUGUUUGUUGAAUCGCACAAUCAUGAUUGCCUUGAUCCUAGGUUACUAUUUUGGUGUGAUGGAAGAAGCAAAUUAGAUUAUGAAGUAUUUGGAGAUGUGCUUGCCUUUGAUGCGACAUACAAAAAGAACAAGUACUUAUGUCUAGUAGUAGUAUUUUCCGGUGUGAAUCAUCACAACCAAACAGUGGUAUUUGGAAGUGCUCUAGUUACCGAUGAGAGUAAGGAGGUCUACGUGUGGUUAUUACAGCAAUUAUUGGCAACCAUGAAGGGAAAAUCACCUGUAUCUAUGAUUAAAGAUGGUGCUCCAUCAAUGAGGUUUGCAAUUGAGACGGUAUUCCCAAAUGCCUAUCAUAGAUUAUGUGCUUGGCACCUCAUUCGGAACGCCACAAGUAAUGUUAGAAACCCAAAAUUUACAUCUAUGUUUAAGAAGUGCAUGCUAGGAGAUUAUGAGAUUAGUGUGUUUGAGCAGAAGUGGUUUGGAAUGGUUGAGGAGUUUGGUGUAGCUGAAAAGAAUUGGAUUAUUGACAUGUACGAGAAAAGGCAUAUAUGGGCCACUACACAUAUUUGA